UGAGACGUGUCAAACACAGCUUGAAUAAACUGAACGAUUUUGAGGCGUGAGAUGUGGACUAUGUGGUUAUUCUGGGAUGUGAUAUUGAAUGAGGUGUUUUUGGGCUUGCAUUUGGGCUUGUCAAUGCAUACUGUGCGGCUCAAAAGGAGGCUUCUGAGUCACAGAUUCUAUAUAACAUUCAGGCUUGCGGGGUGUUGAGAUUACUUAUUCCAGUUCAAGCCAGAAGCCACUUUCCAGCAGCUAACUAAGAGCCGUGCAACAGAAGACAAGUCCAGCGCCAUUAUCUCCAGUGAACAGGUCACAAUAAUAUGAAAGGCGGGGCAGUAAUCAGCCCAAGUCGAUUCCUUUGCGCUCCUGACAAACAAAUUCUUGCUGCUAGAAAACUCGGUGGCUUUUGAACAGAGCGCCAUUUUCUGAACUUGGGAACCUGCUCACGCGAAUGAUAUGUCUGGAGUCGUGGGUCAGUGAGCUCGGAAGCGCCACAUUAGCGACUCUGACAAAGAUCGUGUCGGCUGUGCUGCUCUUCCUGCAUACUUGUCGCUCCAUGUUUGCAGCAAACCAUGGCUGUCGUACGGAGUAGUGAGCGCCUGGAUUGGACGACUGGCCAGCGUGGCUUAUGGUUUGGUCAAUGAGGAUCAUCGCUUCUUUCAGUAUGAUGAAAAUCUGGAAAGCCUCCGUCCGACUCGAUCAGCUCGUGUUGCGAUGGCGAAGGCUGCCACAAUUACUACUGGCUACUGUGUCGUUCGAGUUGCGCUCUUUUGGAGUUAUAUAUUCGUUCCUCUUCACUCAUUUCUGAGGGAGAACAUCGCUGGCAGUCGCUACACAUUGACUGAUUUAUUCUUCCAUUCAUUAUGCCUUCUGACACCUCCAUCCAACAAUCCCUGCUCGACACAAUCGAGCGCUCUUUCUACCAAAAGCUCCCUUCAGACUCCCAUCAGUCCGAGAGUCAAAGAACAGACCUCCAUCCACUGGAGAAGGACCAGGGAAUACUACCAAUCAGCUCUUCUUUAGAUCACUCGUAUCAACCACAUCCCAUAACCCCGGAACGACUAGAGAGUACAAACGAUACCCCACCACUCAGGCCCAGUCAACAGCAAGCCCCCGAACAUCAUCAAGGCCCGUUCAGCUAUCCCACCAGCGGAUUAAUAUUUAUGCUCCGCUGGGGCUGCGCAAUUCUCACAGUCGCAGCUACGAUUCUGUUCGGAAUCUGGGCUCCCCUGAGCUACCAGGAGACGAAGAACGCGAAUAAGGAUCACGAUGAAAUGCAGCGUGCCCUUAUCAAAUCCGCAAAAUCGGCUAAUGAUAUAGCGACAAGUGCACUUGAGGCUGCUUUUCUACAACUACAAAUUGCGACUGCGCAGGCGAGUGUUAUUGAAAAUUUACAGACCCAGUUGGCUGCUAUGGGACAGGUGGCACUGUUGCAAUUUUGCAAUGCGCAAACGAGAGGGGAUUUCGCGCCCUGCUCUUCCUUCAUCAACUCCGCCCAACUUGCCAGCCUGGUUUCUCAGAUUGCCACGCCGACUUCCACGCCGACUCCCACGAUAACUCGUCCCGCGCCAACCGAUUCUGCGCCGCCUAGACCUUCUCAUCACACUCCCUCCACAGGCGAUAACUAUUUAGAGAAUAGAUCGGGAAUGUCUAUCGCCUCCAUUCUUGGAAUCGUUUUCGGCGGCACUGCUGCGAUUGGGAUCCUCACGGGGUUCUUCGUCUGGAGGUACCAGCGUGGGAGGUUGGUGGCUUCUAGGCGGUAUCAGUGAGUGAAAGACGGUGUAGAGGAAUUGGACUCAUUUCAGAGCAAUGUAAUUAUAUUCAUGAGUUGGAUUGAAGAUACUGGGACAAUGUUAUAUGCAUUGAAUUCAUGCAGUACUGUCAGCCAGCAGAGCACCACAAACAGUGAAUACAAUUGGCCUACCUCACUGUGGGAUUGUAUAUCCUUAAUGUGACGAUGGUAUAGAUAUAGGUGCCUUGGGAGGCGGUCUUGACCCAUAGUAUUGAGAGAAGUGAGUGGCGUAGCAAUUGAUCGGCUGUUGAAGGAAUGUUUCUCACAAGCCCCAAACCGUUAGUUGCUGUGAAAACGGUUCACUGAAGAUUCUCUGAUUUGAUAGUAUAUGUUUGAAAGCAUUUACCCGAAUAUCACCUGAGCGAACCACCAGCAUGGUUAAUGGCAGGCUUGUCUCUAUGCACUGUAAAAUGGGCGGUGUGGAGUUCGAGGCAAAAUCUGUACUUAGAUCAUGCCUUGGUUGUGACGACACACUAGGUCAAAAUCGACUUGAGAUCAGGUAACCUUGGAAGAUCAAAGAGAGUUGAAUGAUGGUAAUGUCAAUACUGUACACUAAUUGUCCAAUGGGUUGGCGUGCUUCAAAUAGAAAUGGUAAAACGCAUUUCAAGAGAAUCAUUGACGAGCAUGUUUGAUUCACUCCAGACGACCUUGAGAGUCCAUAGGAACCAACUGGCGGGCGUGGGGGUUUAAGAGUCGCGGCGGUUGCUUUGGAUUCUUCAUAUUUCGAUCCAAAAGCAUCGAUCUCCAACACUCCCAACGUGGCACCAAUUCGGGUCAGCCAAGACAUCACUGCUAUAAUAUUCCUUGAAAUACACAGUUUGAGAGCUUGUGGUCUUUUUUCUUUCCUUUCUUUUCUCUUCAUUUCUUUCUUUUGUCGGUUCCUUGCGUCUAGGACUUUGUGUGAUUCCGUUCGUGGAAAAGGGAAAUCAGUCAGGGUAAAAAUAUUCCACAGACCAACAGGGUUUCGUAAUGUCCCGUGCAGCUCAAUUUUUGAGCAAGGAGAGCGGCAUACUGGCUCUCCCGAUAGGCAAUCACCAUGUCUUGGAUCUUUAUCAAUUACAUCCAGUUAAUUGUAAAGAGUCACCUGGGACUGGAGUGUCCCACGGCUGGCAGGGGUGUGUCAAGUUUUCCAGCCACGAAGCGUUAAACUUGACAAGGCUGAGUGAAGGCAAAGGAUGGAAAAACUUUCCUCUCCACAUGGAAAAGGUGUACGGAGUACACCAUGGGUAUUCCGUGUUGCUCUGCUCUAUAAGUUCCAACUUACGAGCCAUACCGGCCACCUUGGACAUCUGGUUGAACCCAUGUACCAUCCAUUUCCAGUACUCUCCGCCGCACUCCAUCAAAUCACCUGCGAUAUUUUUCGCAUCAUAAUCGCGACAAAUGCCUCAGAACUCUCAUGAGUGGGCUAAAAUAACUAAAGCGACCCUCUCACCGGUUUCAGUACAACUGAUUUUACUUCCACGCUCACUAUUUAACAUAAAUACUUGGAUUCAGCCAGAAAGCAACGUUUCUGAGGUGGAACAACCGAAUCAAGAUGAAAUGCUGCCAUUUGGCCUUGGCCUUGAACUGUUUCACCUUGUCACACUGUCUCGAUUCUCACUUAUAUCUAUACUUAUCGAGCUAUGGAAUCUAUUUCGCAUUUCGUGUUUAUCUUAAUCAAGUGACUAGUUAUAAGUGUGUUCAUUUGACCAGCAGCAAAAGCAAUCCUGGGUCUUGAAAUUAAGUUGAAUACGUUCCGCCAUUAUAUAGCUCCAAACUAUGUUGAAGGGGAAAUGGCAAAGUUGGAAAAGGAGAAAACAAGGGUUGGGAUCAAAAUUGUCGUAAAGUGGGAAAAUGAAAUUUUUUCAUUAUUUUUUAAGACUACUAAUAGCUUUGCAACUCGAUGCAUUUCAAGCAGAGCUUUGUUCAUAUGCACAUAUACUGCCCUCAUUUUGCCCCUGAAGCUUCUGUGCUCGAUCAAUAGCUAUAUCGCACAUUGCCUAUAUUUGUUUCAUCGGGAAGAAAGCAAAAUGCGGGUUAGUUCAUAACGUUGGUAUAUUACUUGUAUACAACCAACAUGGGGAACAUGCGAGUGGAGACGCAACGAGGAAUGGGCAAAAAGGCCUACCUGUAUAAUAUCCUCCUUCUCCUUUUCCACAUCGCCCCUCUCAAUUCGCCGUCGCAUAUCCUGCAUUAUAACAUCUCUACUACGUCCGUUUACGAAUACACUACAGCCACGAUUAUUAUUUAGCACGCUUUAUGGAUACAGGUUUUUCUUGCUUUUCUCAAAAAGGAAAAAGGGAAGGGGUGAAUAGCAUAGUAAUGAUAUUGACGGUACAUACACAUAUCUCAGCCCCGGAUAUUUCUCUUCAUACACACUAUUCAACUUCUUCAAGUCCGCCGCCUCUUCCUCUCUUCUCUUAUUAACACUCUCGUCCUGCCCCUCCCCUUCCCCCUUACUCGCAUUCAACCCCGCCUGCUCCUGUCGACUCAAUUCGCUCAGAUUCUCCUGCUUCUUCUCCCCUAGGCGCGGAUGUGCGCCUAAAAUCCCAUGCAGGACUUCUCUGUCCUUCGAAGAAUUUGCAGCGGAGAGCGCCAUCAUGCGUGCGCCGAUGGCGCUGAUGAGGGACUGAUAGGAAGAGAAUGUUUGGUGGGCGAGGAGGGGGAGGGCCAGCGUGUGCAGGUCUGUAGAGGACUCGAAGAGGGUGUCGAGUAUUUGUGUUUGGGUGGCUUUGGGGAGGUAGGGGAUGGUGGAGAUUGCGGGGAGGCAAGGCAUGGUUUGGAGCUUGGGA